AUGUAUGCCAAGAAGCGCCCCCCUACUCCAGUUGUUGCAAAAAUAAGCAGUUGGAGUGUUGUGCAGCACUGUACAGCCAUUCAAGUUGGGCUUGCAUCAAUUACUUUUGGCAUUGCACAGGUUGCAACGUGGGGAUACGUAUUCCCAGCAUUGAUUGCGAUGUUUGUGCCAUUUCGCAUCCAUGUUGUAUCACGCUUCUUUUCCAAAGAAGACUUGGAGUACUUGGAUCCAGUGGAAGAUUCUGACGAAGAUUACUCCGAUGAGCAAAGAGAAUUGCACAAGGUGGAUCGCGAUGUCGAUAAGGCAGAAGUUAUCCACGGAUUCUCAGAAUUGCGUAUGAAAGAUGUGGAUCACAAUGCUUCUGAGUACUACGACCAUCAUCCAGACGUUGCCGAAACGGUGCUGCGAAAUCGUCAAAGAUCCAUUACUUCUUAG